AUGGCUCAUAAUGAGGUAUCGGCAGCCUGGCAUCCGGCCCUCAGAUCGGAGGAUGGUGUGCCCUCAAAUGCGCCUGUCUCGGACGACCUAACACAGGUCUCGAAAGAUUCAAUGACAGAAUCUGCCGCCGAGCUCAAACCCUCCGAGGCGGUUAUCCAAGAGAACGACUUGCAUAGCAGCUCUACAUCCCCGGAUACCGAUGCUUCUGUUAACGUUCAGUCUACAGCCGUCCCGGCCGUAUUGGACUCAGAUACUCCGGUGUACGCUGAGCAAGUCUUGAACCAAGAGAAUGCCCAAAAGAACACUGCAGAAAAUUCCGCGCAGGAAGAUGCCCCAGAUCAUGGUCAGGAGUUGUCUCAAACAAUCUCCGAUGAGCCUCAUGUUAUCGAGACUUCUGAGGAAAGCGCGCCUACUUUGGGGGCUGCUUUUGGGAGCGACGCGAACGGGUCUCACGAUACCGCAGCGCCUGAUUAUAUGAUGGACGAACCUUCUCCAGCAGAACAUGACACUACAGAGCGUCGUGAGGAUAAUGACGCAGCUUCUUGGUUCAAUGAACAGGUUGACAGUGGUGACCGUCAGACUACCAACGAAUUUGUGAAUGACGAUAACCAGGACUUUUGGGGAAGCCCUACAAAUGGUGAUGCCGGAGACGACUUCUUCAAUCAGCUGAAAACUCAAACUAAACCAAUUUAUAUCCCACCAGAAACAGAAUCGAGAUAUGAGGAGGGUGUCCCGUUGCUAGAUAAUACUGUUGAGUCGCCAGUCCAGCCUUCUAUGAAGGAAGAGAGUCAGAUUGAUAAAAUUUUCGAGGAUGACGGUGACGAUGAAGGUGGAGCAUUCUUCAAUGAGGUCCAAGGAUCUGUACCAAAUGAGGGAGUACCAUCCCCCCCUAUUACUCGCAAGAGCACCACACAGGUCAUCGGCUCCCUUGACGCUUCCCCCGACUCCCCGGUCAGCCCCGCAUCCUCAACAGCUCAAGAGUUUAACAAUAUCCUGGCGGCAGCUGCAUCAGAGAACCAAGUCAAGGAAGAUCUUUCUGACGAUGAUUUGGCUGCAAAGUGGCAGGCAGAACUAUCUGAUGACCAGCCUGAGAAGAGCACAGAAGAUGACUUAGCUGCUAGGUGGCAAGCAGCGCUUGAUGACGAUGACGAUUUGCUCCUGGAAGAUGAGAUCGGCAAGGGCCCGAACAAUGGUCAGGAGUCACUUCCUCAGAACCCGAAUGGGAGUGUUCACGAAACGACCCAAGCAACCCUUAGCAGUCCUUUCGGUACUCCGCAGAGCUCAGCACGACCUCAGGCACAACCCACUAGCUACACGCCACAUCAGCCAUCCACAUCCGAUUUACUACAGGGGAUACCAGGCAUUGCUCCUCAAUCAAGUGCCGCUCCAAUGCAAGACUAUUUUGCGCCCCCGGCCCAACCGCGGCCUACCACAAAGAGAGCGGAGAGCUUCGCAGAACGCUCUAAAGAAGGCUACAAGUCACCCUACGACCUGCCAGAUGAUCUCACUCGUCCUCGCAAGCCCGUAGUCACCCACAAACCGGUCGUCGCGCAGCCUGGUAGCAUGCCACCACCACCUCGGAGUAGCAGCAUCCCAGUGCCUCCUACCAAUGCGCCAGGGGUCCCUACUCCACCUCCGGCACCAUCGACAGUUCCAGCUGUCACGACACCCAAGAACUUCUAUGAAGAACUACCUUUGCCACCCCCUCGGCCAAGAUCCCGGCCCGCGAGCUCGGGACGCUAUACGCCUACUGCUAAUAUAGUGACGUCUCCACCGUCUCACUCCCAGCCGCCGCCGCCGCCCCCGGCGAACCCAUACGCUAGUCUCUCUCCUCCUCCGCAGGAUAGUGGUAGUGUCGGGUCUCAAACUCAGUUGCAACAGCCAGAACGCUUAGAUCCGUAUGCAAAUCUAUUGGGUCCCGGUGCUCCAGGUGCCCCGGCAGCGCCUAGCGCAGCGUCACGAUACUCGCCCAAACCACCUACUUUACAACCUGGAACCAAACCUCCAUCGGCACCCAGAUAUUCUCCUGCACCACCUCAAUCCGCUGCUCCUGCACCACCUCGCACCCGGUAUGCUUCUCAGCCAUCUAGCGUCUCUAGUCAAGGAGCUGUUUUGCCGUUCCAACCACGAACCUCAAGUCCGUUAGCUCAUCACGAAAAAGUCUCAUACCAACCGCCAGAGGGCCUUGCUAUUCGAUCCGCCCCAGAAUCAGCAUCUAGCUAUGCUCCCAACGGUAUGCAGCCGCGUCCGAAUCAGCAGGAUGUUUCUAAUUCUAUCACAGCUCCCGUUGGAGCUGCAGGUUCGGCUGCUGUGACGGCCGUCCCUGAAAACGUGUCGGCAGCCAUUCAGCCCACCUCACCUCCGAGAAAUCCAUAUGCUCCUCCAGCGUAUAUAAACGAAUUUUCAAAGCGCGUUGCCCCUAUGGCUAGUCCUCCGCCGGCAGUUGUGCCUCCUACUGGUGACGCUCAAUUUGUUCCGCCUCGCAGGUCACAAACUCAAUCUCCUAGCCAACAGGCGUCGGCUCCAGGAUUAUCUGUCCCUUCGGAUUCUUUACAGCGGCCUGCUUCGGUUCAUGCUCCUGCUUCCCCAACGAAGUCCGCCAACCCCUACGCACCGUCUCAGAUUUCUAUCCAUAACCGUGUCCCAUCACAGCCACUUGAGUUCAUCCCACCGAAUGAUGGACAGGAACUGGACCCGCUUGAGCGAUGGAAGGGCGCCCCAAUUGUCAAGUUUGGAUUCGGUGGCUCUAUAACGUCCUGUUUCCCUAAGCAUGUACCUCGAUAUGCUGCUGGUCAAGCCGCGCCAAAAAUCAAGUCUACCCCAGGAGAAGUGAAGAUAUUUUCAGCCAACGAUUGGGUGCCUAUCACUGAAGGUAUUGUGCAGCACCCAGGCCCACUCAAGAACAAGUCCAAAAAGAAGGACCUAGUUGCCUGGCUUUCGAGUAAAAUUGCGGCCUUUGAAAAUGAGGGCAUCUCUGAAGCAGCUCAAUUACAUCCUGAGUCUUCGAAACGGCAUGAUGAGAAGAUAUUACUGUGGAAGAUUGUUCGUGCGUUGGUAGAACACGAUGGUGUCUUGGAAGGGUCAGCUGAGGUAGAGAAGUCUUUACGCUACAUUAUAUUUCCUCACCUGCAAAAUUCAGAGCCUGAGUCGACUUCCGGAGUCAACCUCCCAGCCUUCAAUGCUCUGCCGCCACUGAAUGCCCCUUCCCAAUCAGAUGCUACUGACAGUCAGUCACUAGAGAGCAUUCGCAACAGCCUUCUCGUGGGCAACCGGGAGAAAGCUGUUUGGGAUGCCGUGGACAAUCGUCUCUGGGGUCAUGCUAUGGUAAUAGCCUCAACCCUCGAUAGGUCUGUCUGGAAGCAGGUCGUUCAAGAAUUUGUCAGACGUGAAGUCAAAUCUACGACUGGUAACUCGGAGUCACUCGCAGCGCUCUAUGAAAUCUUCGCUGGGAAUGUUGAUGAAAGCGUUGAUGAGCUUGUUCCCCCGUCGGCAAGAGCGGGCUUCCAGAUGGUCAGUAAGGUUGGCGGACAAGGGCCGUCUAAAAAUGCCCUUGAAGGUCUGGAUAGCUGGAGGGAUACGUUGGGACUAGUUUUAAGCAACCGCAGUCCCGAAGACCACAAGGCCCUGUUGGCCCUUGGUCGGCUGCUGUUAUCAUACGGUCGGACGGAAGCUGCUCAUAUUUGUUUUAUGUUUUCACGAGCCGCGGUAUUUGGCGGUGCGGAUGACCCACAAACGAGUAUAGUUUUACUGGGAGCCGACCACCAGCAUUUACCCUUGAACGUGUUGCAGGAUGACGAUGCAAUCUUGCUCACUGAAGCAUAUGAAUACGCGGUUUCAGUCUUGGCGGGCUCUCCUACGUCUACAUUACCACAUCUGUUGGCAUUCAAGCUCAUCCAUGCUUGCUCUCUUGCAGAGCAUGGUCGCAAAUCGGAGGCUUUGCAGUACGUCGAUGCCAUUACAGCAGCUCUAAACGCAACUACAAAGCCAUCCGGCUAUCACAACCAACACCUGCUUUUCGGAGUGGACGAGCUCUCAGCGCGCUUGAGACAAACGACCAGUGACAGUGGGUCUUCCUGGAUCUCUAGACCAAGCAUGGAGAAGGUUUCUGGCUCAAUGUGGGCCAAGUUCAACAGUUUCGUUGCUGGUGAAGAUAGCGACGCCGCCUCGACGGGUUCCGGGAAAGCUGGAGACGGAGAUAUUGGGCCAUUUGCUAAGUUUUCCGGCACUCCAACCGUCAGUCGAUCGCCAUCAGUGUCGGACUUUGGGCCCUACUCUUUGCCCGCAGCCCAGUCAGUUCCAGGCAGUGGUCCUUCGCGGUAUCAACCUGGCAACCAAUACGUCCCCAACUCUUCCCCUGAACAAUAUCGGGGAAGAUCAUCCCUUGAUUCUCAGAGAUCAUCGUCGUUCGGGUUCCCGUUUGGGCAACGACGAGGCUCCCAAGAACCAUCGACACCUGUUGAAAGUAGUAUGUAUCAAGGUGGCCCACUUUACGGGUCUCCAUCUGCCGCUGGCUAUCAAUCUACUCCCCCUCAAGCAUCGUAUAUGCCUCUGGCGCCUGUUGUGGAAGAUUCAGCCCCUCAGCCCUACCCCGUCGAACCUGCCCCAAUGCAAGGAUCUCCUGUGAAUAUUUCACCCUAUCAACCCCCUGCUAAUGAGUCCUUUGGCGAACCUCUGGAUCAAAGUUCGGCGACAGUGCCUGCAUCCAGCAUGGCCGGCUACGUUCCGCCCGGUGCCGGUGGUGGCUAUGAACCGCCUUCCGUCGAAAUUAGCGCAGCUCCUGCAUUGGAUACCACGGAAGAGCCCACCCAUCAAGAUGUACUAAAAAAGAAGAAGUCCUUCAUGGACGAUGAUGAUGAUGAUGACCUUGCGGCGCGUGCAGCCGCUAUUCAGAAGGCCGAAAAGGCACGCAAAGACCGCGAAGCCGAUGAGGCCUUCAGAAAAGCUGCAGAAGCUGAUGCCAAGAGACCUCCUGCAGCGAAGAAAUCAUGGUUUGGUGGUUGGUUUGGAGGAGCAAAGAAGGAGAACGACAACAACAACAACUCAGGGGGACCUAUCCGUGCCAAACUUGGCGAGGAAAACUCUUUCUAUUAUGAUAAGGAGUUGAAGAAAUGGGUCAACAAGAAAGAUCCGAAUAGCGCCAGUGUAUCGCGUGGCACACCGCCGCCACCCAAAGCGUCAGCUCCUAGCAGAAGUGCUAGUGGCAGCACCGCACCGCCUGCGGCAAGCAUGGGUUUGGGACUGGAUAGUAGACCUCCAUCGUCUGCAGGUGCUCCUCCGUCACUAUCCAGUAGCCCAGCGCCACCCUCGCUUGCUGCUCCCCCACCUAUGCUAGGCACUGCUCGGUCAGCCUCUACUAGUGCAGCCAUGCCCACGCCACCAAUAGGCUCGUCUUUGCCCCCUCCUCCUCGCCCUGCAACAUCGUUGAGUAAUGCCAGCUCCAUAGAUGACCUUCUUGGAGCACCACAGGCGCGCAAGGGCACAUCUGCCAAGGGACGGAAGAAGGGCCGAUAUGUCGAUGUGAUGGCGAAAUAA